AUGUCGCUGCGCCGAGUCCCGGCAGCGGCGUCAUCCUCCUCUUCAUUGAUCCCGUUGAGCUCAGCUACCCCAGCUUCUCUACGCCUUGCUAGACCAGCAAUCACAUCCACCUCCCUCAAUGGCUUCAACCGUCGACAACUCUCCACUACCCCUCAGCGGUCAUUCCCCGGAGGCGGCCUGCUUGGCGUAGGUUCCUCGUCGGCUCCGACAUCGUACUUUCAGCGCCCGUCACUCCCCGCCAAUACCGUCAUCCGCUUUGUGCCGCAACAGACAGCAUGGAUCGUGGAGCGAAUGGGGAAAUUCAACCGGAUAUUGGAUCCCGGGUUGGCCAUUCUGAUUCCGUUCAUCGACAAAAUUGCCUACGUCAAGAGUCUCAAAGAAGCUGCGAUUGAAAUCCCCAGCCAGAGCGCCAUCACCGCGGACAAUGUGACACUUGAAUUGGAUGGUGUGCUUUACACGCGGGUCGUUGAUGCUUACAAGGCAAGCUACGGUGUCGAAGACGCAGAGUACGCCAUCUCUCAGCUUGCUCAAACAACGAUGCGUUCAGAAAUCGGCCAACUUACGCUCGACCACGUCCUGAAAGAGCGCGCGGCACUCAACACGAACAUCACCCAGGCGAUCAAUGAGGCCGCUCAAGACUGGGGCGUCGUCUGCCUGCGUUACGAGAUCCGAGACAUCCACGCCCCCGAGGGCGUCGUGGCGGCAAUGCACAGACAAGUGACCGCCGAGCGGAGCAAACGUGCCGAGAUUCUUGACUCUGAAGGACAGCGUCAGAGCGCAAUCAACAUCGCCGAGGGACGGAAACAGAGCGUGAUCCUUGCAUCCGAGGCCAUCAAGGCAGAACAGAUCAACAUGGCAAGCGGUGAGGCCGAGGCUAUUCUCCUCAAGGCCCGCGCCACUGCGUCCGGUAUUGAUGCAGUUGCUCGCAGCAUUGCCGAGGGCAAGGAGUCUGCCCAGGGCGCCGUCAGCCUCAGCGUUGCGGAGAAGUACGUCGAUGCCUUUGCCAAACUGGCCAAGGAGGGCACCUCGGUCGUUGUGCCCGGAAACGUCGGCGAUAUUGGAUCCAUGAUUGCCAGCGCCAUGGCAGUGUACGGCAAGGUGAGCGAUAGCCAGAGCAAGGCCAUGGCCGCCAAGCUCUUGAACGUGCCGUCGUCUCACGCCGGCCAGGAUCCAAGUCGUCUCGAAGACGAAGUGCAAAAGUACGGAGAGGGCGAAUGGAAAGAUAUCCCCGAGGGCGGAGAAAGCUCCGAGGCGAAGAAGAGUGAAAUGACACGAACGAUGCUCGAGGGAUUUGACCAGACGAGACAAAAGCAUUGA